GAUUAAAAAAAAAACAAAAACCAAAACCACAAAACCAUGGGUAGUUUUCAGACAUCCCUCUGACGGCCCAAAACCAGCUACUCUGUUACUCUGUUUUGUACUAUAUUUUACUCACCUCUUUGACUCUGAUAUAGAAACCAACUCACAACUUUUAAGGUUUGAAUAAUAUGAAACCCAACGGCUUCUCUGCGUUUGAUCCGAGAAUGCUAACCUUAGAAAUGCCGCAGAACCCACCAAACCCUCCGGUGCAGUUCCAGCAUCCACAUCCUUACUCCAACUCCAGCGAUCAGCAUCCACAUCAACAACCGUCAAAGCCCUCGUACCCUCACACCUCCAAAGCCAUACAACUCUCACCGUUAAGCGGCGGAGACGACGAAGACCGCGGGUCUGGUUCCGGGUCCGGGUGUCACUUAGAAGACAGCUCUGGAACCGACGGGAAGAGGAGAGUCUCUCAGUGGCAUCGUAUGAAAUGGACUGACACGAUGGUUCGGCUCCUGAUCAUGGCGGUCUUCUAUAUCGGCGACGAAGGUGGUGCAGUAAACGAUCAGGCCGAGGCAAAGAAAAAGACCGGCGGAGGAGGAGGGAUGUUGCAGAAGAAAGGGAAGUGGAAGUCGGUGUCGAGAGCCAUGGUGGAGAAAGGCUUCUCCGUUUCGCCGCAGCAGUGCGAGGACAAGUUCAACGACUUGAACAAGAGGUACAAGAGAGUCAACGACAUCCUCGGGAAAGGGACAGCGUGUCGUGUCGUGGAGAAUCAAGGCUUGCUCGAUACGAUGGAUCAUCAUCUCACUCCCAAGUUGAAAGAGGAGGUCAAGAAGCUGAUCAGCUCCAAACAUCUCUUCUUCAAGGAGAUGUGCGCUUACCACAACAGCUGCGGUAGCCAUCUCGAACAACCGAGUCUGGCUCCGAGUCAUCAUCACGUGGCGGAGGCAGAGUCUGACACGGAGGCGGAGGAUUCGGAGGAGGAGGAGACGAGCAAGAAGCGGAGGAGAGUGGAAGGAGUAUCUGUAGCCGUGAAGUGUAUGAGUGAGGAGACGGCGCGUGUGAUGGAUGAUCAGGGGAAGAGCGCGUGGGAGAAGAAGGAGUGGAUGAGGAGGAAGGCGUUGGAGCUUGAGGAGAGGAAGGUUGGGUGCGAGUGGGAGGCGGUGGAGAUGGAGAAGAAGAGAGUGAAGUGGAUGAGUUAUAGGAGCAAGAAAGAGAGUGAGAUGGAGAAGGCUAAGCUGGAGAAUCAGAGACGGAUGCUUGAGACGGAGAGGAUGGUUUUGAUUCUCAGGCGGAGGGAGAUUGAGUUGGCUGAGUUACAGUUGUUGGGUAAACGGUUUGACCCGAGUUCUGCAACUGGGUGAGCUGAUUAGUGUUAGUUACAGUUCUCUGGGAUGUUUAGGAUUCUCACAUUUUCGACAUAAUCAGCGGUGUCAUUUUUUAAUAUGUAAAGGCAAAACGUAUUUGAUUGAUUAAAGUAGUAAAGUCAGAGGAAAUGUAUCUAUCUCGCAUCAACAUGAAAAAGUAACAAACGCUUUAUCCUCUA